CUUCCAAGAGCUUCCAAAAUGUAUCAAAGGUCGCCUUCCAAGUCAUUAUGAAGGUGACCUUGCUUCUGCUGAAAAAGUGGAAGGAGAGUCAUGGAGGCAUUCUCAAGAUCAACACAUGGGGAAGAUGAUGAAAAAGCACUGAAAUGGGCAGCACUGCAGAGACUUCCCACUUACAAACGCUUAAGAAAAGGUUUCUUGACAUCAUCUCGUGGUGAGGCCAAUGAAGUUGAAGUUGAAAAACUUGGCCUUCAAGAAAGGAAGAGAUUGAUGAAGAACCUGAUGAGUGAUACUGAAUUAGACAAUGAAAGACUCCUACUGAAGCUGAAGAAACGCCUUGAUCGAGUUGGAAUUGAUAUUCCCACCAUUGAAGUAAGAUUUGAGCAUCUUAGAGUUGAAGCUGAAGCUUAUAUUGGAGACAGAGCUUUGCCUACUCUCCUCAACUUUUUUGUCAACUUAGUGGAGGGUUUUUUGGCAAAUCUUCACAUAGUGUCGAGUAAAAAGAAACAGCUGACAAUUCUUCAUGAUGUUAGUGGAAUCAUUAAGCCAAGCAAGAUGACACUGCUUUUAGGCCUUCCAGGUUCGGGAAAAACGACGCUUUUGAUGGCUCUAGCAGGGAGGCUUGCUUCUGAUUUCAAGGUCUCUGGGAAGGUGACUUAUAAUGGCUACAGCUUUAAUGAGUUUGUUCCGCAGAGAACUUCUGCCUAUGUGAGCCAAAAUGAUGUCCAUAUUCCCGAAAUGACUGUAAGAGAAAUCUUGGCCUUUUCUGCAAGAUAUCAAGGGGUCGGGUUUCGUCACGAGUUAAUGGCAGAGUUGACAAGAAGAGAGAAAGAAGCAAACAUUUUGCCUGACCCAGAUAUUGAUGUGUUCAUGAAGGCAGCAUCACUAGAAGGCCAAAAGAGAAGCGUGAUCACAGAUUAUGUUCUGAAGGUGCUAGGAUUAGACUUCUGUGCAGACACCAGAGUUGGAGAUGAAAUGAUCAAAGGCAUUUCAGGAGGACAGAAGAAGCGUCUCACCACAGGUGAGAUAAUUUGUGGGUCUACAAAGGUACUCUUCAUGGAUGACAUAUCUACAGGCCUAGACAGUUCAACAACCUUUCAAGUUGUGAACUCAAUGAAGCAAUACGUUCAUAUUCUCAAUGGAACUGCUAUCAUUUCCCUUCUCCAGCCCGCACCAGAAACUUUUGAACUGUUUGAUGAUAUCAUUCUCCUGUCUGAAGGCCAAAUAGUGUACCAAGGUCCCUGCCAGCAAGUCCUUGAGUUCUUUGAGUUCAUGGGCUUCAAAUGUCCUGAAAGGAAAGGAGUGGCAGACUAUUUGCAAGAAGUGACUUCAAGGAAAGAUCAGCAGCAAUAUUGGGCAGAGAAGGACAAGCCUUACACAUAUGUCACAGUGGCACAGUUCGCAGAAGCAUUCAAAUCCUUCAAUGUUGGAAGGAAACUAGGAGAGGAAUUAUCAGUCCCCUUUGAGAAAAGCAAGUGCCACCCUGCUGUUUUGGUAACAAAAAAGUAUGGCAUUGGAUAUAAGCAAAUUUGGAAGGCCUGUUUCGAUAGAGAAGUCUUGCUGAUGAAGCGUAACGUGUUCGUGCACAUCUUCAAACUCAUGCAAAUUUUUCUAAUCUCAGUCAUUUCGAUGUCGCUUUUCUUUCGAACCGAGAUGCCCCACGACUCGAUAAACGAUGGACAAAUUUACAUGGGCGCUUUGUUUAAUGCACUCGUUGUUUGUAUGUUCAAUGGGAUGUCCGAGCUUCCAUUAACAAUUGCUAAGCUUCCUGUUUUUUACAAGCAAAGGGACCUCCUUUUCUUCCCAGCAUGGGCAUAUGCUCUUCCAGCUACCAUCCUUAAAAUCGCUGUCUCUUUCGUAGAGGUUGCACUUUGGGUUUUUACCUCUUAUUAUGUUACUGGCUAUGAUCCAAGUGUUAAAAGGUUUUUUAAACAGUACCUUGCUCUUGUUCUUGCUAACCAAGUGGCUUCUGCAUUGUUUCGAUUGAUUGCGGCCGUUGCUCGAAGCUUGGUAGUUUCAAACACGUUUGGUUCAUUUGUUCUAUUGAUACUCUAUGGAAACGAUGGCUUUAUUCUCUCAAGACAUGCAAUGAAAAAGUGGUGGAAAUGGGCUUACUGGAUAUCACCGAUGAUGUACGGGCAGAACGCAUUGGCAGUGAACGAAUUCCGUGGAAAAAAUUGGGAUCAAGUUGUCCCUUUUAGUGGGGAAACUCUAGGGGUUUUGAUCUUGAAGCUUCAUGGAUUCUUCCCAUAUGCUGAUUGGUAUUGGAUUGGAGUGGCUGCACUGAUUGGAUUUAUUCUUGUAUUCAACUUUUUAUAUGUCUUAGCCCUCACUUAUCUGAACCCAUUGAUCAUGCCUCGGGCUGCGAAACCGCAAGUCUCAGAGAGCAACGAGGAGGAGUUCGAGAUCAGAAACACCCCAUCUUGUGAAAAUCUUGCAGCUAAUGGAAGUGAAAGCAUGAGAGUUGCCUCCCAAGCAUGGAAUGAAGCAACUGACAAGGCCACUUGUAAUAAGAGGAAAAAAGUUGUUCCAUUUAAUCAGUAUGUGCUCACUUUCGAUGAGAUCGUAUACUCGGUUGAUAUGCCGGAGGAAAUGAAGAGUCAGGGUGUCAUGGAGGAUAAACUAGUGCUUUUGAAAGGUGUGAGUGGUGCUUUUAAGCCUGGUGUACUAACUGCUUUGAUGGGCGUGAGCGGAGCGGGGAAAACGACUCUGUUGGACGUGCUAUCCGGGAGGAAAACCGGUGGAUAUAUUGAGGGAAGCAUCAAAGUUUCUGGCUACAUGAAAAAGCAAGAAACGUUUACUCGAAUUUCGGGUUAUUGUGAACAAAAUGAUAUCCAUUCUCCUCAUGUUACUGUUUUCGAGUCUCUACUCUACUCGGCAUGGCUACGUCUCGGCUCUGAUAUCAGCAAAGAAGCAAGAAAGAUGUUUGUGGAAGAAAUCUUGGAGCUGGUUGAACUUGACACAUUAAGGCAAGCAAUAGUUGGGUUGCCUGGAGUAAACGGUCUCUCGACCGAGCAGCGCAAACGGUUGACAAUAGCCGUAGAGCUGGUGGCGAACCCAUCCAUAAUUUUUCUUGAUGAACCAACUUCAGGACUAGAUGCAAGAGCUGCUGCAAUCGUAAUGCGGGCAGUAAGAAACACGGUCGAUACAGGACGAACAGUUGUGUGUACAAUCCAUCAACCGAGCAUCGAUAUAUUUGAAGCUUUUGAUGAGCUAUUGCUGUUGAAGCGAGGUGAGACGAUAUAUGUUGGACCUCUUGGACAUCGUUCUUUCCAUUUGAUCAAGUAUUUCGAGGGGAUCGAGGGAACGAGUAAGAUAAACGAGGGUCAAAAUCCAGCAACGUGGAUGUUAGAAGUGACCUCCUCGACACAAGAAAUGGUUUCGGGGGUCGAUUUUGCAGAACUAUUCAAAAAAUCUGAGCUUUAUAGGAGAAACAAGGAAAUAAUCAAAGAACUGAGUGAGCCUCCCCCUGCUUCUAAUGAUAUCCAUUUUCAAACCAAAUACUCUCAGCCUUUUUCCAAACAAUACUUAGCUUGCUUAUGGAAGCAACAUUUGUCGUAUUGGCGUAAUCCGUCGUACAUUGCAACCAAAUUUCUGUUCACGCUCGGCGCAUCGUUGAUACUCGGGACAAUGUUUUGGAACCUUGGCUCCAAGAGAACGACAUACAUCGAUAUGUUUAACUCAAUCGGUGCUAUGUAUACGGCAUCGCUCUUCCUCGGUAUACAAAACGCUGGAGGCAUACAGCCUGUCGUUUCAAUCGAGCGAACAGUAUACUAUAGAGAACGAGCAGCGGGAAUCUAUUCGGGCUUGCCAUAUGCCUUAGCUCAGGUUACAAUUGAGCUGCCAUACAUUUUCUCACAAUCUUUGAUGUAUUGCAUCAUAGUAUAUGCAAUGAUGGGAUAUGAAUGGAGUUUUACCAAAGUUCUUUGGUUUUUCUUCUUCAUGUUCUUCACUUUCCUCUACUUCACCUACUACGGCAUGAUGACGAUCGCUGCAACGCCGAGUUACCACAUCGGUAUGAUUAUUUCGACUGCAUUUUACGGGAUGUGGAACCUCUUUUGUGGCUUUAUCAUUCCUAGAACUAGGAUUCCGGUGUGGUGGAGAUGGUUUUAUUGGACUUGUCCUUUGUCAUGGACGUUGUAUGGGUUAAUUGGUUCACAGUUUGGAGAUGUGGAGGAGAAGAUGGAUACAGGGGAGACAGUUGAGGAGUUUAUAAGAGAAUUCUUUGGGUUUAGGCAUGAUUUUCUUGGAGUUGUUGCUGCUGUUAUUAUUGGGUUUGGAGUUUUCUUUGCUUUUUCAUUUGCCAUUUGUAUUAAGUUCUUCAAUUUUCAAAAGAGAUAG